ACAUUGUUUCUUUCUAUUCCCUUUUGAUUGUAUAUUGAUUAUAUAUUCAAAAUCCCGAGAAAUGGAAUCUAAAGCUAGCAUCCAUUCCUCUCAUUCCUCUCAUGAGGUUGGAAAGGAAUAUCACGAAACUACAUUUGAAGAAAAGAAAGCAGCUUCUUAUUAUAAUGAUGAAGAACUCGAUGGAGUCAAAACUGCAUAUAUCGAUGAAGACUCCCCUAUUGAAGAAGUCAGAGCUGUAGUACCCAAUACCGAUGAUCCUACUUUACCAGUCUACACUUUCCGUAUGUGGUCUCUUGGUAUUGCAUUCAGUUGUUUGUUGUCUUUUGUCAACCAAUUCUUCUGGUACAGACGUAAUGCCAUGACCCUGUCUCCUCUUGUUGUCCAAUUGAUUUCAUUCCCUAUUGGUAAAUUCAUGGAAAAAGUCAUUCCUAAAUCUCGAUUCUUCAACCCUGGUCCUUUCAACAUGAAGGAGCACGUCUUGAUUACUGCCAUGGCCAAUUGUUGUUACAGUACUGCUUAUGCUGUUGAUAUUAUUACCAUUCAGAACCUUUGGUACAACCAAGAUAUGGGUUGGGGUGGUGGUAUCCUUCUUAUUUGGACCACUCAACUUAUUGGUUUCGGUAUGGCUGGUGUCCUUCGUCCCUUCCUUGUCUAUCCCUCUUCCAUGGUCUGGCCUUCUAACUUGGCUAACAUCUCUCUCUUCCGUUCUUUCCAUCUUCCCGAUAGUGAAUGGACUGGUAUCUCUCGUUUCAGAUACUUCCUUUACUGUUUCGGUGGUAUGUUUGUCUAUUACUGGCUUCCCGGUUACUUCUUCCAAGUCUUGACCUUCUUCUCUUGGGCUUGCUGGAUCAAGCCUUCUAACCACGUUCUCUCUCAAUUGACUGGUGGUUACAGUGGACUUGGUAUGCUUGCUAUCUCCUUUGACUGGUCUACCAUCGUUUCUUUCCUUGGUAGUCCUUUGGUUGUCCCUUGGUGGGCUACUGCUAACAUUGCUGUUGGUGCUGCCUUGGUCAGUUGGGUUAUUGUGCCUGCUCUUUAUUACUCCAACACAUGGAAUGCUCAAAAGUUCCCUAUCCUUACUUCUACUCUCUUCACCAAGGAUGGAGAUCGUUGGAACAACUCUAUUGUCUUGAACCCCGAUAAGACCUUGAACGAAGAAGCAUAUGCUGAAUACGGUCCCUUAUACAUGGCCAGUUUCUUUGCCUUCACUUACGGUAUCAUGUUUGCUGGUGUCACCAGUAUUCUUACCCAUACUUUCCUAUACCACGGCAAAGAUAUUGUUGCUCAAUUCAGAAAGUCUCGUAGUGAAGAUGAAGAUAUUCAUCGUAAAUUGAUGCGCGCUUACCCUGAAGUUCCUACUUGGUGGUACAUUUUGAUCUUCUUCUGCUCCUUUGGUGUCUCCUUUGGCGUAAUUUAUGGCUGGCCCGAAAUCAAGUUGCCUUGGUGGGGUCUGAUCUUGGCUAUUGCUAUCCCUGUCAUCUUCACGUUGCCUAUCGGUAUUAUUCAGGCCGUUACAAAUCAACAGCCCGGUCUCAAUAUUAUUACAGAACUUGUGAUUGGUUAUGCUUUGCCUGGUCAUCCUAUUGCCAACGUUACCUUCAAGACUUAUGGCUAUAUUUCCAUGGCUCAAUGUCUUACCUUUGUCAGUGACUUAAAGUUGGGCCACUAUACCAAGGUGCCUCCUAAAGCUAUGUUCUGGGUCCAAACACUUGGCACCAUGAUUGCUGGGGUUAUUAACUUGGCUACCGCUAGAUGGCUCAUGUCUUCUGUUCCCAAUAUCUGUACUGAUGAAGCUUACCCUUUCACUUGUCCUAGUGCUCACACCUUUUACUCUGCUUCCAUCAUUUGGGGUACCAUUGGUCCUGGUAAAAUGUUUGGUGGUAACUCGCCUUAUGCUGUCAUGAACUGGUUCUUCUUGAUCGGUUUCCUUAUUCCUAUUCCCUUCUAUUUCUUGGCCAAGAAGUUCCCCAACUCUCCCUUCAAGUAUGUUCAUAUUCCUCUCAUCUUCAACGCUACCGGUAUGAUGCCUCCUGCUGUUCCCAUCAACUUCUCGAUGUGGUGCGCUCUUGGUUUCGUUUCCAUGUUCUGGUUGCGUAAAUACCGUCGUAACUGGUGGAUCAAAUACAACUAUCUUACUUCUGCUGCCUUUGACUCUGGUUGUGCCAUUGCUGCUCUUAUUAUUUGGGGUGUUGUUCAAGGUUCUGGAUACACACCAGACUGGUGGGGUAAUGGUGGUUCUGAUUCAUUCGACCAUUGUCCUCUUUCAGAAGCUCCCUAUGCAUCUUAGUUUAAACAUCUUUAAUAAUUUACUAUUCAAUUUAAUACAAAAAAAAACCAAAAGCAAAUUUGCUUUUGUGUAGCAUCAAAAUCAGUCUUUAAUAAAUAAUAAUACUAAAACAUCUUA